GCUGAUUUGGUUUCACUGUCUUGCGGGGCAAAGACGAGGGCAGUCAGCACCAUAGGAGCUCUGCGACUCUAGAACACUGGUGGUCCGGGACCUUUCUGUGGGACACCUGACGCUGCACAGCCAUGCCUUUAGCAAAUCCUGCCCCUUCUAACAAAAGGAAUGCGACCGGCAAGAUCAUCACGGACCUGUCCAACAUCAGCCAGAAGGAGGAUGAGUUGAACCCCGAUGCCGCCGAGCUGGACCUGGGCACCAAGAUAAAGACGCCCAAGGAUGUGAUGCUGGAGGAGCUCUCCCUGAUGAAAAACAAGGGAUCCAAGAUGUUCAAGAAGAGGCAGGAGAGAGUUGAGAAAUUCAUCGUGAGCAACGCCAACCUGCAGAACCUCCAGAACCUGCUGAUUAUUCCUCCUCCUGUUCCACCAAAACCUGAAAUGCCAAAAGAAGAAAAGGUGGAGGAAACAGUGAAUAAGGAGGAAGAGAAGGCGAAGAGGAGAAAGGAGUAUGUGCGUACCUACGUAUCRCCAUGGGAAAGGGCCAUGCGCGACAACGAGGAGCUUAAAGCCACUAUGAAGCCUCUCAUGCCAGGACCCAUCCAAAUCCACCCAGAUCUGCCUCAGUACAAGAGCUUCAACAGGUCAGCGCUGCCAUACGGCGGUGUUGAAAAGGCGUCCAAGACGCUCACCUUCGAGCUCCCAGAGCUCAGCGACAUUGGCGAGGAGCCCGAGCCUCUCCCCACCCAGCAGGCUGACAUCCGCUCACGGCCCUCCUUCAACCGCACGCCCAUCGGCUGGGUCUGCAGCGUAGACAAUUCACACAUCCACUCGGACCUGGAGGCCGAGAACCCCUUCAACGGAGAGACUGAUGACCUGUGAACACACACACACACAUGCAGACCCAAGCAUAUUUACAACACAAACAGUCAGAAACACACACAUGCACGAAGAAUCAACUUUYACGUGUGUUUGGACACAAAACUAACAGGUGAUUUACACAAACUGAUAAUAUUAGACGUUUGAACUGCAGGAGAACACUGAAUCACACUGAAAUCUGACUGAACUGAAUGGAAUAUAAGAAAGUAUCCAACCUUUCAGAAUAAAAGUCUUAUUGUCAGAUUGGCGUGAGUAUCAAURAGCACUGUACACUCUUAAAACAAUGUAAAAAUGCAAUAAAUGAGAAUGUUUCUUAUUGCUUGUGGACAUCCUCACAUUUGAA